GCGCUCGCAGAAAGUGCCACGACUCCAAAAGUCAGCGGUGAUUGUGAACUUCUGCAAGUUGAACAGCAGGAUCUGAUUUAGGACGGACAGGACAAGGCAACGAUGGAUGUGUACGACCCUCAAACUCUUGGCAUCGUGGUGUUCGGUGGCUUCAUGGUAUUUUCUGCCAUAGGGAUCACGCUUGUAUCAACGUUUUCCAUGAAGGAAACGUCUUUUGAGGAGGCUUUAGCCAAACAACGACAAGAAUCAGGCAAGACUCAAACUCAGCGUUCUGACAAGAAGAAAAAGGCAUCUGAGAAGAAAAGCAAGGCCAAGAAGAAAGAUGAGAAACCAAAUGGAAAGCUUACCGAAUCUGAGGCUGAGUCGGCCCCUGAAUCGGUCGUCGAGAGUACCGAGCCCGAACCAGUAUCCAAACUGGAGCCAGAACCCCAACCUGAACCUGUGCCUGUUGUUAAACCCGAGCCUGAAGUUAUUGCCAAGCCAGCUGUACCUGAACCAGUUGUUGAGGUUGUUAAGUGUGUUACUGCUUCUGUUGUAAGUGUAGUAGCAGCCCCACUUGCUCCAUCCCCGAAAGAGAAAAAGAAGAAGAAGGUUGCCAAGGUGGAACCAGCCCCUGUUAAGCCUGUGGAGGUCCCUGAGGUCAUAGUCAAGGCGGAGCCAGUGGUGGUUGAGGUGAAGGUGAAAGCAAAUGUCGCCUCUGAGGUUUCUGCUUCCCCUAAAGCUGAAGAACCCAAAACUGAAACUCCAACUAAGAAGAGAUCCAAGAAAAAGUCUGAGCCAGUGGUUACUGUAGAGGCGGUGGAUGCCCCCCAGCUGUCACCUUUCAAAACUCUGGUUUCCAAUCUGAAUAACACUUCGUUUAGUGAACCCGAAAUGCAGAAACUGCUUGAGAUCAUCAGCAAGAAGGCAGGAAAGGACUCCUGGCAACUGGCAUCUCAGAAGGGUGACCCAUUGGCGGCAUUGAAGAAGCAACUGGAAGAAAAGGAAAAGCAACUGACUGCUGAGCAGGAAAACAUAGUCGCAGCAAAGACCCGUGUCCGUGAGCUUACCAAGGAGCUGAAUUCUGCAAAGAGCAAGGUGACCUCUAUUGAGACCCGAAUGAGCUCCGAGCUAAGUACCCGUAGUCAGGAGAUUGCAGCUGUGCAGGCACGCAUGCAGACAUCUCUAGAGGAGCACAUCCUCGAGACGCAGCAGCUCAACAGCAAGAUCCAGAGCCUUCAAGAGCAGCUGGAAAAUGGACCAACCGCUCAGCUUGCCCGUAUGGAACAGGAGAAUUCCAUUCUCAGAGAUGCCCUCAACAAAGCCACCAGCCAGGCAGAGAGCAGGCAGAAUGCAGAGUUGGCGAAGUUGCGUCAAGACUGUUUACGUCUCACUCGGGAGUUGAACGAUCGUUCAGUCGCUCAGCAUGCUGAGGAAGAGCGCAGAAAGGCUCUGGAAGCCAAGAUGGCUGCCACUGAAGAACAGCUAACACAAACCAAAGCAUCCCAUGUGGAGGCAAAGCAGAAGUUGGAUCGAGUCAGUGAAGAACUUCGCCAGGCGUUAAACAGUAGCAAUGCCCUACAGGCUCAACUAGACACGGCAAAAGAGCAGGCCAAGACCCUCAAUGAGCUCAAGGAAAGUAUGGGUGUCACAGAAGCAGAGCUAAAGGACAAAUGCAAAGAGUUGGAGACUUUGAGAGCCCAGCUGUCUCAGGCACCACAGGCUGAGACCCAGAAUGACAACUCGGAGGAGAUUCAGCAAUUGAAGGGCAGUCUGAAAGAGAGGGAGGAUCAGCUGAAAUCACUGGAGGCGGAGCUUAGUCAUUUGAGGGAGGAGCUUGACACAAUAAAGAAAACUCAGGUUGAGGCUGCUCAGAAUAGGAUAAAUGAGGCCAAUACAGAAUGCAGAGAAUACACGGCUGAGAUUGAACAACUUAAAACCAGUCUGAAAGAAAAGGAGGAUUUGGUGGCAUCCCUGCAGGUUCAGCUGGAGAAGAUGGAAAGCGCCAACACCGCUGAAGUAGAGCCACCAUUUGAGAAUCUGGAGAAGGAUGCUCGUAUGAUCUCACUGGAGGAGGAACUUCAUCAGAUUAAAGAAGAGAUGGAGCGAAUAAAGACUAAGAGCAAUGAACUAAGAGAGAAGAAUUAUACUGCAGUAGAGGCUCUGGCUGCUGCUGAGCGGUUGGGUGAAGAAAGACUGAGCCAAGCUAGGGCUGCACAGAGUGAGGUUGAACAGCGGCUAAACUCUUUCCAGGGUGAUGCCAAAAAUGCCCUCCAAAGUCUCUUCCCUCACAUUACCAUAGAAACACAUCAGAGUAACUGGCUGGAGGCAUUCACACAUGAAGCGCAGGCGUCCCUCACUCGAACACAACAGAUUCCAGCAGAAUCGCAGCACGAAGCAUCAAACUCAAACCUGAGGGAACUGCAACAGAAGCUCGUCCAAUCAGAGGAGAGUCAGCGGUCACUGCAGGCCGAAUGCGAACAGUACAGAUCAACUCUCAGUGAAACGGAGAGCAUGCUGAAAGCUCUUCAGAAGACUGUAGAGGAUGGAGAACUUGCAUGGAAAUCAAAGAUCUCAGAUGCAGAGGAGCAGAGACGGGCGGCCCUCGAUCAGAUGAAGGUCCUGGAGGAGACGAUGGAGAGGAUGAAAGCUGACAGGCAGGACACAGAACAGCUGAAGGGUCAGGUGAUGCUGUUAGAAGCACAACUGGAGAAACAGCUGGAGUCCAUAACCAUCAGUCAAACAUAUGAAGAAGAGAUGUCUCAGCUGAAGGCAUUGUUAUCAGAAACUCAGAGCCAGAUGAUAUCUGCCAGAGCAGAAGCUCAGGAACAGAGAGCAGAACUUUCAUCGGUCAGACAGAAGCUACAGGAGAUGACACAGCAUUUACGCAAUGCGAAGACCACACGGUCCACUCAGGUGCAGAUGAAGCUGGAAGAAGUGACAAAUAAACUGCAGACUGAAGAGGAUGUAAGACAGCAGCUAGCAAACGACUAUGAACAGGCGCAGAAGCGUGUAAGGGAUCUUGACGCCCAGUUAGUAGAGCUGAAAGCGUCUGGAGAAGGACCAUCUGAUGAGAUAAAGGAGAGACUUGAGAAGGAGAAGCAGACGGCAACUGCACUACAGGAUCUUUUGAAGAGCACUCAGGAAGAGCUGACCAAAGAGAAAGAGACCGUGAAGAGCCUGCAGGAGCAGCUACAGGGCAAGGAAACUGAGGAGUCAAAAGAAGGGACGUCUGUCUGACACAAUGAAUUAAUCAAGUCAAACCAAAUUGUUACCUUAAUUAUUCCUUUCCAAUAUUUACUUCGUAUUCCCUGAUACUGUAGCAAAUAUAUUUACUGAUAUAAAAUGUUGAGGAUUGUAUAGGAGUAUUUUUUAUUUUGUUGGAGCCAUUACUAGGUGAAUAAACCCCAUCACCUCAAAUGCCUCAAAAAAAUCAUUUUCAGUGUUAAAAAGGAGAAGUGUUUGUGUAAAACACACGUGACUUGUGCAAUCAAUCUUUUUUAUCUUUUGUUUGCCUGUUCUUGUGAGAAGAAAGAUUUCAUUGUGUGGCAAUGCGGUACAAGAAUUACUCUCUGUAGUUGGCUGCCAACAAAUGUAAUAAGAUAAUAAACUAUUUACCUGA